AAUGCAGCUGAGGGUUGAGUGUGUGAGGACGUGAUGAGAUGGAAGGAGAGCCCCCUGGCUUCGGGAGUUUGUUUGCUGAGCGAAUCUCGGGUGGAGAAAGGGGAAGAGCAGCAUGUGAGAUAAGAGGACCUUUCUCUCAGCUCUUCUGCCAAGCUAAAGCACUGAAAUGCAGCCUGUGUCCCUACACAGCCUUUCGGAGUUGGAAAGAGCCAGUCUGCAGGAGCUAGCCCUCUACCAGCUGCAGGAGAAGCUGCUCGUUGGAGAUCUCAGCUUGGCUAAAGUUGGACCUAAAGGCAGUAAAUCUAUCCGCCAGAAACUGGAGAGCUUUUCAAAGGAGAAGAAAGACUAUUCUCCUCAGACCUUUGGGAUCCCACUUUUCCAAGUCAUUGCCAAUGAUCGUGCGUACAAGCAACUGCAAGAAACUGUGAAGAGUAGCCGCCGGCUGUGCUUGGAGGUGGAAGCAACGGUGACAAACUUUCGGGCACAGAUGCAGAAGAGGUCCCAGCUGGGCAGGAGCUGCUGGAUGGUACCUUGUGAGAUCUUCCCUGAAGAGCCUCUUUCCCCAGCUUUUCCUGACCAUAGCUCUUCCUGGAGUCAGAGAAGGGGGGCAAUGUCCGUGGACUCCAUCACUGACCUGAGUGACAACAGUUCCAAGCUGCUGGAGGCACUGCAGUUGUCACACCCCCACGAGCUGGAUCCACGGAGAAGCCUGGGCAAGAAAAAGAUGCUAAGCCUCAACCCCAUCACCUGGCAGGUCCCGCGGAUUGUGGACAGAUGUUGCAAACAUAUUGAAACAUACGGUCUCCAGACAGUGGGCAUCUUCCGAGUUGGGAGCUCCAAGAAAAGAGUUCAGCAGCUGAGGGAAGAGUUUGACCACGGACUGGAUGUUUUCUUGGAUGAACAUCAAAGCGUUCAUGAUGUGGCUGCUCUGCUCAAAGAGUUUCUUCGGGACAUGUCAGACUCAUUGAUUCCCAGAGAGCUCUAUGCAGCCUUCCUCAGCACAGCCUCCAUGGAAGUCCCGGCACAGCUGGCUGUGCUCCAGCUGCUGCUCUUUGUGCUGCCCCCCUGCCACAGCGACACGCUGCACCGCCUUCUGCGGUUCCUCAGCAAGGUGGCCCAGCAUGCCAAGAGCUCCUGGGGCCCCGAUGGCCAGGAGAUUCCUGGGAAUAAAAUGACAGUUUCAAACUUGGCCACAGUCUUUGGUCCCAACAUACUGCAGAAAGAGAAGCCUGGAGAAAAAGAUUCUGGUGCCAAGGACUUUGAAGACAGCACUGCCAUCAUACUGGUGGUUCAGAGGUUGAUUGAACAUUACCAGACCCUGUUCAUGGUCUCUCCAGAAAUGCAGCAUGACAUCUUAAGAAGACUGUUUCAGACAGACCCUGAUGUCAUUGACUACCUCUUGCGCAGGAAAUUCAAUACUGUGCUGAGCACAGAAACUGAGGAUUUGACAGAGGAGCAUGCUCCAACCCCACUGUCUGGUCAGGCCCUGGAAAGCAACUCUUUCUCAUCAGAAUUUUACAGCAAUAUCUCAUUCCUAAACCUGGAUAUUGACAUCUAGCAAGCCUGGGCCAGCCCCUCUGCACUGCCUUCCAUGGACAAAACUGUGCAACAUUUCUACCACAAAAAUAAGUUGUCUAUAUCUUUGGAGGAGUGGAGAGAUGAAGGGUGUAUAAAUACUUGUGGGAGCAUCUCUGCUAACAGUAGGCAUGCCGAAAUGUUCUGGUGUAGGCAGACCUGCAGCAGGAGAGGUUUGCUUGUUGCCAGCAGGAAGGGUUUCCUGAUGUGGGUUUAUUGCUAGAUGGCAGCAAAGAAACCUGCGUGCUUGUGCCUUGUGAGCAAGCCAAAGAGCGACUGGCACGUCCUGUAGCCUCCUUGUACACCUGAAGCAGUGCCUUCAGCACAGCACUGCCUCUGUGGUCUGCUGCUUCACAGGAGUUUGUCCCCAGAGCUGUGCACGACUCGCAGCUCAGGGUCUGGCUGGCAGUGGGACUGUCUGGGGAAGACAGCCUCUCCCCCUCUGAAUAACCACCAAAGCACUGGGACAGCAAACUGGAGCAGGCUGAGGAGCAGCUGGCAGAGGUCUCCAACAGCUCCGUGCCAUGCUCAGCAGAUGGGACCUCCAGUCGCCUGCUGGGAUGGGUGCUGUGCAGACCGGGCCAACACGGCCUGAGACACAAGUGGAUGGGGAUUGCCAGCAGGGCAGGAAGGAGAGAAAAAUGCAGUUCAACCUCAUGCAAUUUGUGUUUUGAUAUCCCAUUUGUCGUGUGUUAUCCUGUCACUGCCUCCCCCCCUCUCUUUUUUGGAUUCAGGUUUCCAACUGCUCAUUUUAUAGACAUAAAACACUUAUUGACCACAAAAUAUAUAGCUAAUGUAGUAUGUAAGAGGGAACAAUAUACUCUGAAGAUUAUGAGCUGCUUCUUCCUUGAGUUAAUAUUGAGGAAGAAGACUGUCUAAUGGAUUGUAGAGACUCUGGUGGAUUUUUUUCCAUGAUCUUUGUCUAAGAAAUGUCUGGUUUGGUUUGUUCUAUAUCUAUAAAGUUUUGUGUUCAGCUGACUUUGGGAGCCAGGGAAAGUCUUCUGCUAUCACCCAGCCUCUCAGACUAGGGACAAUUUUACUACCACAGUUAAGUUAUACUGCUGUUCUGUUUGGACACAGGCACCCUCAGGGCAAUGCCAUGGUGUGUUGGAGGUGUGAGUCCUCCCAGCAGUCAUGGGCAUUGGGAGCUGAGAGGGUUUGUGCUUUCCUCUAGCUGGUGUUAGAUCAGGGUUUGGGUGAGGCUCUGUGGCCUCCUGAGUGGGAUUCCCAGGAGUCCUGCUCCAUUUGGACAGCUGGGAAAAAAGCCUGAUCAUCAUCUGGGAUGUGGUCACAUCUGAAAAAUGGUUGCACCACCGAUGCUUUUCUACACGGGAACGAUUGUGGGGCUGACAAGCCAGGGAAGGGGGUGUGAGCAGGGAGCCCACAGCUCAGCUCAUGUGCCCUACACUUGCCAUUGAGGGGUUAUGGCUUUGGCCACCCUUUGUAGCAUCAAGUGGCUUGUUUAAAAAAAAAUAAAAAUGCGUGAGCCUUCUUUGCCAUCAGUCAGGGAGAGAUAUUACCCUGUAGCCUCAGUUGCAUCUGUCCAGGGGAUAGUGCACUGCUCAGGGUUGAACUCUUGUUUUGAAAAGGUCCCUUCCCUGCACAUGGGUACAAUCAGUAUGGGUGGAGACAGUACCUGGAGAAUGGCAAGCUGGAAAGAGAAGAGUGUGCUGAGAGAUAGCUGGUGAAAGCCUCCACAAAACUGAUAAACUUCGGAGAUUAGCAGUGCUGUUGAAUCUGCAAAAAACAGAUAAACCCAGGACACCAUGACUCUGCUGAACGCUUCUGGGGCUACUAAGCACACUCGGAUAUAAGCUGUGUGAGCAAAACCAUGUCCAAGGAGGCAGCAGCUGCUCUGUGCAGACAGUCUGAGCAAUUAUAGUGGAUAACAUGCAUUCUACCGUGUUUUCUUGAAGACACAAGCAAAACACCAAAACAUCCCAUGCGCUUUUGGGAAACACGCUCUGCAGAGCCACACCAAGUGUGAGAAAGGAGAGAUGUGCAGAUUGCAGAUGGUUUGACCAACAGGUCUACACUAGACUGUAGUGUCAAGCUACCUACCUGCAGAGCCCCCUUGGAAGCCACACAGGGAUUUAAAGGUGACCAAAAGGUUUGUGGUCACCACUGUGCCUUACAGUAGACAGCCUAGAAGAGGAUUAAGUCAGCCCUAUAAAGGCUUCCUAGCAGACAGGCUGGCUGCCCUCAAAUUUAAUUUAAAUGUGCACACACAAGCUCACUGUUGUAUUUCUCAUGCUGAUUCCCUUGGGCCAUGGGAAAAAGUGCAGGGCAUUGCAGAGCCCUUUUCAGAAAAGCCACUACAAAGAACAUUGAAUUACUGUUCAAGUUUAUGAUAACCUGAAGGUGACAGGUACUCUGAAAUGCUGUUUGCUUUGCAAGAAAAUUGCUUUUCAAGUUUGCUUUUCCAAACACUGCAACAGUGGUGUCUUUUGCAGUCACCUCAGGGAAAUCCACCUUUCAAAGCUGGAGUUUUUUAUUACAGAAAAUGUAAAAAACACUGUGCAAGGACUUUCCACCACGUCACAAGACAGAACUGCUUAGUGCAGGAUGAACAUCGGGAUAUCGCUGAAACCUCCGCUUGAGGGCAGUGCAGCACCUGCAUACAUACUGCUCUCUGUACGUGAAUUGCUGUGAAUUGGUUUGAAAUGUUCUGCACCACCCUGCACUGAGAAGAAUUAGACACUGACAAAUGCUGCUGACAUCAUCGAUUUAUUGGUAUGGCUAUCCAAAACGAUAAAAAAAAAAUAAUACUAAAGAUACCGCCCAUCUGCAACAAUAAACUA